GGUACAAAAUGUCCAUCAGGCUGCAGAAUGCAAGGACUGAUUGAUGAAACAGACCAGGAUUAUAGUCACAGAAUAGACAAAAUCAAGAAGCUCCUCCUAGAGAAUCAAAACAACUAUAAAAAAUCCAAUCGGAUAAUUGUGGAAACCAUAAAUGUCAUAAAACCAGACCUGGACAGUGCUCAGCAUGUUGAUGAGACUUACAAUCAUGUGUCAGGAGAACUGAGGCAGAGAAUUGUGACUUUAAAGCAGAGAGUUGUCACUCAACUAAACAGAAUUAAAGCUCUGCAGAGCAGCAUCCAGGAACAGGUGGUGGAGAUGAAGCGCUUGGAGGUGGACAUUGAUAUUAAGAUACGAGCUUGCAAAGGAAGCUGUGGUAGAAGUUUUGAUUACCAGGUGGACAAAGAAAGCUAUGACAACAUCCAGAAGCAGCUUACCCAAGCCAACUCCAUCAACUUGCACCCAGAGCUUCAAACAACCACCUUGAGCACACUGAAAAUGAGGCCACUUAAGGACUUGAAUGUUCCUGAGCAUUUUAAGCAAAAGCUUCUCCCAGAAAUGCAAGCUCUGAACAUAAUUAAUAACAUCAGGCAGAUGCAAGCAGUAUUAGAAAGAGCAGAAACAGACACAAACCCCUCCCGAGGCGACAGCAUGUAUCACGUGGCAGAAUCGAGGGGGGAUGGACCUUCACACACCAGCAAAUUAAUUACACCUAUUCAUGGGAGAGAAACCCUUAGUCUGGGAGACAAAACCUCCUCAACUGUUCAUAGAUGCACCAAAACUACCACCACAAAAUUUAUCACUGGUCCUGAUGGCCCUAGAGAAGAAGUAGUUGAAAAAAUGGUUUCUUCUGAUGGCUCAGACUGCUCCUAUUUACAAGGAGCAGGAAAUGUUGGAGGGGAAGGGAGUAUGUACCACGUUGGUGGGACAGAAGGCUUCCACAAGCUAGAGAGGUUAUUCCCUGAGCUAGAGUCAUUUUUUACCCCUGACUCUCCAUCCACUGCUAGUAGGCAGUUUGGUGGAUCUAGCAGCAUUUCAACUAGCAGCCGUGUAACUGGCACAGGCAGUAGCCACUUAGGUAUUGGAGUAUCCAGUCAUUCAGGGACAGGCAAAUUUGGAGACUUAGCAGAGGAGGAAGAAGAUGACUUUGGAGGACUUCAGCCAUCUGGAUUCCCAUCUGGCAGUGCAAGUCACUCCAAGACUGUAGUGACCAGCAGUUCUUCUAGUUUCAACAAGGGUGGCUCCACUUUCGAAACGAAAUCACUAAAGACGCGUGAAGUAUCUGAGCAGCUAGGUGGGGUGCAACAUGACCAAAGUGCAGAGGAUACCCCAGACUUUCAGGCACGCAGCUUCAGACCAUCAGGAGUGAAGCGAAGGAGAGCCAACACUGGGAAAGACUGUGAUGAUAUCCGCCAGAAACACACUUUUGGUACCAAAAGUGGCAUUUUCAAAAUCAAGCCAGCGGGAUCCAAUAAGGUUUUAUCAGUUUAUUGCGACCAAGAGACCACUUUGGGAGGAUGGCUAUUGAUCCAACAGAGAAUGGAUGGAUCAGUGAAUUUUAACCGGACCUGGCAAGACUACAAGAGAGGUUUCGGCAGCGUGGAUGGCAGAGGGCGAGGAGAGUUCUGGCUGGGCAAUGAAAACAUACACUUGCUGACUCAGAACGACACUCUCCUUCGCGUAGAGUUAGAGGACUGGGAUGGAAAUGCUGUGUAUGCAGAAUAUAUCAUACAGGUAGGGUCUGAAGCAGAAGGGUAUGCCCUUGCCGUGUCCUCCUACGAGGGGACUGCUGGUGACGCGCUGAUGGCUGGCUGGAUGGAAGAGGGCACCGAAUACACAUCCCAUGCCCAGAUGUAUGGGGGCGGCUGGUGGUACAACAGUUGCCAGGCGGCCAACCUCAAUGGCAUUUAUUACCUGGGGGGCCACUAUGACCCCAGGUACAACAUCCCUUAUGAGAUCGAAAAUGGUGUAGUCUGGCUGCCAUUUAGAGCCUCUGACUAUUCACUCAAAAUUGUUAGAAUGAAAAUCAAGCCCAUAGAAACCCUGUAGAAAGACAGGCUUUUAAUAUAUACGUUAUGACUACAAGUUGAAAAGAUUUUUUUAUACAUAUAUGUGCAAGGUGUACCUUUACUCUGGGAAUUUGAAGGCAACUGGGCACAUCUGUGGCUUAAAAAAUAAACGCUGAU